AACUUAUUCCACAAUUUCUUUAAUCCUCCAACCUUCUCCGUUUCACAUCUCUCUAUAUCGAUCUUCCCCGGACAUUUUGUGAACUCAAAGUUCUGCCGGAAUGAAAUUUACUUUCGCAGAUAUUACCGAGUCGGCAGAAGUAUUCAAUUAGGAUGCCAAUUCGCGUCAAGUCGCGUCGUCUACCGACGCCAGAUCGUGGUCUAUCGCCCAUCUCGUCACACCCAGAUGUCCAGCUCCCUGACAUUGAACAUGACGAUGCCUUCCGUGAUGUUGUUAAGAAGCUGUCUCAAUGUAUCACCGAUGUAGUUCAUAUGCCAAGUACAUUUGAGCAGCUCCGGACCACAGCAGUCGGCGAUGAAUUACGCAUCCUUGUCGAACAUCUUAAUACUCAGGUCACCAAUCCUGCAAUCGUAAAUGCUUUACUGGCAUUGCGGUGGCAUUAUGGCACGAUUAAUGAUGGCCGAGGAAUUAGUGAAGCCCGCGCGAACGCCUGCGAGAUUGUCGCCUGGCGAUUUUUGACCCGUUUGUCAGAGCGAGAAGCUGUAGAGUUUUGCCUACAUGAGAUUCCGGAUCCAUUAGAAGCAGAAUGUUCCUCCGAUGCCGAUGAGCCUGCGGACGGCGGCGAAAGCAACGAAAGGACAUCUUUGCUACGUCACACAUCUGGAUCCUCCUCACCGGACCACUACUCCGAUUUUAAUCGUUCGGGAUCUUCGAGAAGAAAUCUGCUAUUUAAAUCAAUUUCUAAAUUGACCAUGAGUCGACAUGCUAGUGAUGUCGAAGAACUCGAAGAAGACCCCACGGCACCUUUCAUACAUCUCAAUGCCCUGGAAAUCGCGGCGAUUGCAGAUGCGAAAAGAUUCCUUAGCCAGCACGUAGUGCAAAAGAUUAUCACAGGCAUUUGGAAUGGCGAGAUUAUCUUUUGGGACCGUCUUUCGGUUCAUUCAGAGAAAAAGCCUCGAUUCUACAAUGCAGUUACAGCUGACCCCUUUUCUCGCCUCCGAGUCCCGAAAUAUCUGAAGGCUUAUGAGGUCGCAUUUUUUAUCGGAUUUUUAAUGUUAUACUAUAGUGUCUUGAUCGAACAAAACCGGUACACCAUUACUCCUUUAGAGAUACUGCUUUAUAUCUGGUUUGCCGCCUUCUUUUAUGACGAAGUCAGCGAGUAUAUCGAUGCUGGGUCGGUAUUCUACGCUGCUGACGUCUGGAAUUUAUUUGAUAUGAUCAUGAUAGCUAUAGGAAUCGUUUUUGCAGUCUUGAGAUUUGUUGGCUUAUACCAGGCAAACUACACUCUUGUAGAUAUUGCCUUUGACGUCUUAUCGCUAGAAGCUCUAUUCAUGGUACCCAGAGUCUGUUCAAUCCUCAGUCUAUCACCAUACUGGGGCACUUUGAUCCCUUGUCUUAAGGAGAUGGGGAAAGACUUUCUGAAAUUUAUGGUCUUGGUCAUUAUUGUAUAUGUUGGCUUCUUGACCACGUUUUCUCUUGUUGGGAGAGAGAUGUAUACAUUCCCGCACAUGGCUAUGAUCGUGACGAAGAUCUUCUUUGGAUCUAGUUAUGUUGGAUUCGAUAUAAUGGAGGAUAUUGAUCCAAUUUUUGGACCUCCUUUGAUGCUUAUAUUCGUCACCCUGAGUUCUAUAUUGCUCAUGGGUUCUUUAACGGGUAUGCUAAGCAACAGUUUCUCUCGCGUUAUCACACACGCCCGCGAGGAGUAUCUAUACGUGUAUAGUGUAUAUGUGCUUGAAGCAUCUACUAGUAAUAGGCUCACGCACUUUUACCCACCGUUCAAUCUGCUCGCGCUAGGCAUCUUCAGACCCUUACGUUUAUUCCUACCCUCGGACGAUAAAUUUCGUCAAGGCCGUAUCCUACUCCUCAGAGCAACCCACGCACCAAUUGUCGGAGUGAUCCAGGCCUAUGAAUGGCUCACAAAGAAAGUCAACCCGGAUGGGUUCGACAAUUUUCGCGGACCACGGACAACUUCGUUCAAUAAAAGACAAUCAGCUCCACCGCUCGACCGGCUUGACAACAGGAUACGGUCAGGAUUUCGGCCACGCAUGCCAACAUCACGGCGUACUAGUUCCGAAGUUAUUAGCAGGCCAAAGCUCCGAGAAGAAGAUGCAGAAGAUUACGCCGGCGAUGCACCUAGUGAUAUGGAGGUACAAAUCUCGGAACUAUCGGCUAAAAUUGAUCGACUUACUGCCUUGGUCGUGUCUCUCCAGUCCGGUGCUGGUCUUGACACUGUCCGCACAUAAAAUGAGUCCUUCUUAGAACACUAACUAGACAUUCCGCCUAGAUUAGUCCAAUCCCCUAGGUCUAUGGGCGGCAUUACUGCUAAUCUAGUCAUCUAAGUUUUGUAUUUUUAAGGGACACCAUAUUAACAGCACGAUUCCCCGCAGGGUGUAACGAGCAACGUAUGGUUUUUAUGUACCUACUAUUUGGGGGUUAUUAGUAGGUAUAGGUACCUAAGCUACCUGUCAACCUGCGUCAAAAUUAG